CUCAGUGUCGCAGUGAGAGCGCUUCUGCAUUCAUUCGAAUGGGAUCAGUUCGCAGUGAUUUAUUCAGAUUACGGUUCUAUUGAUACUGCUUGCAGUACCAUGAAGAGUGAUAUAGAGAAUGUGCUGAGCACCGUAGCCAUCAACUACGUUGGUCAUUUGCCAGAUAUAUCAUUUGAAAGUGUCAAAAGAACGAUGGAACAAAUCAAAGAACGUGCAAGAAUCAUCGUCUUUUGCGUACCCGAUGUUUCAAUUCGAGAUUUUAUGCUGAAUCUAAUGGAUGGAGGAUACAUGACCAACGAAUACGUGUUCAUCUCCGCUAAUGUGAAAUCAAAAGGAUUCACGGUGCCGGAGGUUGGCGGUAAAGAGCGCUACUUAUGGGAAGACACAGAACGAAAUGAUGGACGAGAUGACGAGGCCAAAGAAGCGUUCAUGCAUCUGUUUGUAAUUACUGAUGCCUCACAGUACGCUGGACACCUCUAUGAAGCAUUAUACGUGUAUGCCGUUGCGUUAAAUCGUACGCUGGACUUGAAUCCUCAGAUUGGAACACUAAGAGAUGGGCUUGUUAUCAUGGGCAACGUUAUGAUGGAAUUUGAAAGUUUUUCCGAGAAAGUCGUGAUCGGGCCGAAUCACAGCCGCUAUCCAUCCUUCUAUUUCGAUUCACUGGACAGCAAUUACGAAGUGGAAACCUAUGGCAUGACUUAUAAGCCCUUGUAUACCGUUGAGACUCAACUGUGGUGGAGACGAGGCCAACGGCCUUUGGCGGUACCCAAAUGCGGCUUUUCUGGCCUUGAGGUGGACAUCGCUAUGUUUUUGAUGACACCAUCUUCAAUAGGGGCGAGAAGACUAGAAAGAGAGCGCCAGAAUAUGAUGUGGCGAAUUCCGUUCUCAUCUCUGGAACCAAUAGAAAAGAGGAAAAGAGAUACCAGCUCUCGCUCGUUGCAGAGUGGAGUUGUCACGAUAGAUUCUGCAAGGAGAGGGUCUCUCGCUAACAGUCGGAACUACACAUUCUAUGUUCAUGAGCAGCUCACAAGCACGAAUCAAAACUUCAAACUGGAGCGAGAGACAGCCUACAUUGGCGUACGGGUAUUGCUUAUCUUCACCAAUCCUCCAUCAAUUUUCACGGCUUUCUCCAAUCGAAAGAACUGUCUAGUUGGUGAUCAUUGGGAUGUGAAGAUAUCCGAUUUCGGAUUGAACAGAGUGGAGCUGUGUGAUAAGUUGAUCGCAGAAGGCGCUCUGAACCAUGAAAAUAAAGCAGACAAAUCCUCAAUCCGAGGGAGAGACAAAAAUCUCAUGGAUUACGUAUUCCAUAUAAUGGAAAAUUAUGCGUCUAGUCUGGAGGAUGAAGUCGAGGAAAGAACAAAAGAGCUGGUGGAAGAAAAGAAGAAAAGCGAUCUGCUGCUCUACAGAAUGCUUCCACAG